UCAAUUGCGCAGUCGCGAACACGAAAGGUCGACUUCGAAGUGAUGCAGGAUAAGAAUCAGAUUCUUGCAAAUCAACGCCUCAGUCGACCCACUGCACCGCAUCUGAGCAUCUCCCGACCUCAGAUCAACUCCUUCCUCUCGAUAUCGAUGCGCAUAACGGGGUCAUUCAUGAGUGGAGGCAUGUACCUGUUCGGGUUCUUCUACCUCUUGUCGUCUACGCUGGGAAUCGAUAUGUCUUCGGCUGCUCUGGCUUCUGCGUUCGCAUCUUGGCCAGUCAUAAUGCAAGCAGCGACGAAAUUUGUCGUUGCGUUCCCCUUCACCUUGCAUAUCUUCGGCUCACUCCGAUAUGUGGCCUUCACUUUCGCAAAGGGGAUC